AUGUAUGAGCGCAUGAUCAACCUGAAGCUGCGCAUCCUGGUGCCCCGCGACCAGCGCGCCCCCGUGGUGAGCGCCGCGGCCCUGGCCCCGGCCCUGGCGCAGCACCUGGCCGCGCCCCUGACCUCCAUCACGGCGUCGCGGCCGGCCUUCACGUCCCAGGUGUCCGUCCCCGCCGCGCCCUCCAUGCUGGAGUCCGUGGCCGCGCUGCCCCCGCUCUCCAUGCAGCCCGUGUCCGUCGUGUCAUCCAUGUCCGCCGUGGCGUCGGGGUCCUCGGUGACGGUGCCGCGCGGCAACGGGCAGCAGUCCUACCGCAAGCUGGUGCCCGGCUACAUACCGCAGGACGUCCUGGAGCACGCCAAGAAGGUCCUCACCAACAAUGCCAACGGCCGCGUCAAGCUGCAGAAGGAGGUGGACAAGUUGCACUUCCGCCAGAACUGGAAGCACAGCAACUACCCCAAGAAGCCGGUGCCGGGCGUGGGCGAGGAUCUGUGGGGUGCGCUCAAGGACGACCUCGCCGACCUGGUCAAGAACACGGACGCCGACAUGAAGGACGUCGACGAGGACAGCGACGCGCUGCACCACAACCACCGCGACCCGGACUGGGAGGACGAGCCGCUGGACCCCAUCGACGACGUGCACGCCGGCCAGCAGCGCGACGAGUUCGACGCGCCCCACGACGGCGAGGAGGACGACACGUCCGGACAGCCGUACUUCGUCGACUUCUGGGGGAACCGCGUGCCGCAGUACGAGAACGGCUUCAGCGACGCGUCGGACACGGUGGAGGACUCGAGGAAGGAGUACAACAACCACCCCCAGGGCUGGAACCCCGACUACCCCAAGGGGCUGUGGAGCCAGAGCGACGAGCACCUGCAGGUGUUCUCGGGGGCCGCGGGCCAGCAGGGGCCACAGGCGCAGCAGGCGCAGUCGGCACCCAACCAGGUGCGCCCCGUGUACGACAACGGCCUCGGCGAGGGCAUUGAGGCCAACUACAACAAGUACGUCCUGGACAACGGCACGUGGGUGGGCCCCGACCCGGACCCCGUCCCGGACGACGACCUGCGCAACCUCAUGCAGGACGCCGUCUCGCACGAGGCCGCGCUGCAGAACCCCAGCGAGGUGUACCCGAGCUACGAGGAGGUCGUGCGGUACCUCAACAGCAGGUACAGAUAUCCUGUUCAGUACCCGCGGCCACCUCCGCGACCGCGCCCCCGCCCCCGACCUCGGCCCCGACCAAGACCUCCACCGCCGCCACCGCCACCCCCACCUCGCUCCCCGCGACCAUACCCCUCCCACAUGUACCCGUACCACAUGCCCCACUACCCCUACCCCCUGCCGCUGCCGCUACCGCCGCCGCCACAGCCGCUGCCACGGCGACCUCGCCCGCAGCCGCCACCUCCGCCCAACCCCAACCUCGUGGACGUGAACCAGCUCGUCGAGGCCCUCAUCCUGCACAAGGAGAAGGAGCGCGCGCGCAAGCAGGAGGCCGAGAGCAAGGAGGCCGUCGAGGAGUACGAGGACGCCGGCGGCGACGACGAGGCCCGCGACGUGGAGCGGCCGGUGCGCACGUCCAACGCGCACGCCUCCCCGCCGAGCAGCACCACGCCGAGGAGCGUGUGCAAGGGCCUCAAGGACGUGGGCCUGGACCCCGACGGCCAGGGCAUGUCCCACGUCCAGGGCGUGGUCUGCUCCAGCAGCUUCGACAACUCGGAGGAGGAGGGCCUAGCGGAGGCUGUCCAAGAGGGCGACCGCGAGUAGUAUUUCACAGAGACAGA